CUACCGUCAUUGUUGUUGGCUUGGAGCAGAGGUUUUGCGAGCAGUGUAACAGGUUGCCAUUUUCACUCUUCUCCCUCCCUUGUUAUGUAGAUUUUGUGGCCCACAGAGGAACGGUUGCUGACGAUUUGUACGGCAGAGAGUGAGAUAGCGUCACUUCCCUGUGGGGAUGUGAGUUUCACAUUCUAGGGCAAUUUGGGUAUGAAAAAAAACAGAAUUUAUUAAUUAUUUUUUUGUAUUAAUUACAAAAUGAGAAUUAAAAAUACAUAUUAAAUAUAUGUUUUUUUUAAUUUAAAUCCUAAAACUAAUACAAUUAUAUCUCUCUCUAUCUCUCUCUUCAUUUUUCAGUAGCCUCUUCGCUCCGAUUGCCAAGCUUUCUCCGACCGGCAGACUUUUUCCCAGUGAAAUCCUCCCAUCAGACUCUCUCCGGCGAUCUGCAAAAAAACCACUCCGUCAGUGCGCUAGUGGUACUGAUUUCCGUCUAGGGGUACGGUACCAGUGGUAGUGGUACGCUACCACUACCACUGGUACCGUACCACUAGACACAAGUUAGUACCACUAGAGAUUAACAUAAAAAAAUCAAAUCUGUAAUCUGGAAAAUUCCAGAUCUGGAAAAAAAAUUAAGGGAUGAUGAAAGGAGAAGGCAGGGGAGAGAUCGUUACCUCUGCGGCGACGGCGGCAGUGGAUGAUGGCGGCGACGGAGAAUGAUGGGAGAGAGAAGGAGAGAUGCGACGGCGAGAGGAGAGAUGAAGGGAGAGGUCGUUACCCCUGCGGCGACGACGACGGAGGAUGGUGGGAGGCGAAGGCUACGACGGCUGCGGCGGGAUGGCUGCAACGGUGGUUGGAGGAGGGAGAGAUGGAGGCGGGGGUCGGUGGUGACAUGGAGAGACGGAUGGGAGGAGGCGGCUAGUGUUUUGGGGAGAGAGGCAAUGGGUCGGGUCGGGGACGGAUAGUGCAUAUCCAUUACCCUACCCAAAGUAGUUCGGCUUUUACCCAUACUCAUACCCACAUAUAAACGGAUAGAAAAUUAAAACCAUGUCCAUACCCGUUCGGGUUUCGGGUAUCCAUGGGUAUCCAUGGGUAAUGAUUUCUCUUCAUAACUCUAACUAAUAUGUUAACAUUCACACGUAUUCUCACAUUACGCAAGAGGAAAAGUAUGACAAUAAUUCACUAGAAUGAAUAAAAUUAAUUAAAACAACACAAUUUCAUGAAAAUAUUAUAUUUAUAUGCUAAAUAUAAAAUAUGUUAGAGAAAAAUAAUGACUAUUUCUAGACAAAUACAUAUGUAUGUGUAUAAUCGGGCGGGUUCGGGUUGGAUACUGAGAAACCCAUGCCCACCCAUUACCCGCAAUAUUCGGGUUUGGGUUUUACCCGUACCCACUAAAUUUCCUUCGGGUUCGGGUUUUACCCUACCCGAUUAAGCCGGGUUCGGGUGGAUAUCCACGGUUACGGAUAUUUUUGCCAUCCCUAAGAGAGGGCGUGUGUUAGGGGGUGGGGGGAGGUUUUUUAUUUAUGAAAAAUAGAUUAUUUAGAAAAUGAGAAAAUAUCCUAUGUGAUAAUAUUUCUUCAUUUCAAAAAUACCAUUUCUUUAAUCUUAACCAUUAAUUUGAAAAAAGAAUAAAGAGUGAGGAGAGAGACCAUAUCCCAUCCCGGAUUUAGGGCACCACCAAUGAGGGCCUUCAUAAUAUAUGUUUUGAGUGUAGUAAAUAUGGUCACACGAAAAGCCACCUGCCGACUCCUAGCACGAAAGCUCGGAACCGAGUAAUCCCCAUAAGGCGAGUGAACCGUCUAAGGAGCAAGUGAAUGGAGAGUGGAUCGUGGCCAAGUCUAAGUAUAAGAAGAAGCAACCAACAGAGGCAUGUGCUCGGAGGAGGAAGAAGAAGAUGUGAAAAUGGAGACCCAAGAUAUGUUCCGAAGUCAACUCCGGUAGUGACUGCCACAACCAUGUGAAUCCGACUUGAACUCUAUUUUUUUUUUUUUUUGUAUAUAAUAGGGUGAAGUCUAUCAUAUUCAGGAUAAAUCUAGUGUACCGUAAGGAAACAUGGUUUGUAGCUCAUUUUUCAUAUUCGAUGGGCAAGUUCGAUGACAGUCAAGAACAAAAUCAUUAACUAAGUUGAAGAUUGACAACCAUCUGACAUCAUAACAAUAAAUUGUUUUCAUAUGAAUGUACGAAUACAAUCUCGAAUACAAGCAACAUAGAGGUAUGGUUUUUAUUAUGAUUUUAUGGUAUAACACUGGUGUUCUAUGUUGAAAGGUUUUCGGUUUAAAGUUGUGUGUGGUGUUUAAUGUCAAUCUAUGAAAUGUGUGGUUGUAAGAAUGGGAAGAAAGGAUGAACAUUGGGAUGUCUAAUUCUAUGAAAACUAUAAGUUUGUCCUGCUUUCGGUUUUUACGGUUUUCCAUAUGCAUAUGCGUUUACGAAAUGGUUUUGAUGGGUUUCGGUGAUUUGUUUGGAUACUUCGGAAAGUUAUUGGCAUUUGCUUUGCUCUUGCCUUGAUUUUGGGUGGUUCGUCAUCUGCUCAAAUUUGAAUGUCUUUGGCUUUUGAAUAUUAGGGGUAAUUCAAGAUUUGAGUAGUGGGGGUUCAAAUGAGGCGGUGUAGUGAAUGCACAAAUUUGAAACAAGGCCAUUUAGUCUUGUAAAACCCACACCAAUUUCUUACCAAGUCAUCCAUUUUAUCUUGCAGUAUGUUAUUUGUUUCCCUAAUUGCAAGUCUUUCAUGUUUAUGAUUCAUAAAUUGGAGGGGAGAAAGAAAGAUAAAUUAAUUUAAUAUGA